AUGGCUGGUCCUGGACGCUCGCCGGUGCUGCCUCUGGUGCUGCUGCUACUUCUGCUGCAGGAGCCGCGGGCGCCCUGGCCCCACCUGCUGAGCCAGGCGCAGGCGCACUUGCACAAGCCCCUGGGGUCAGGUUUCCCCCCAGCUCGCGGUGCGGAAGCGUCCCCGGACGCAGGAGCCCUGGCGAUCUUAGGGGGAGACCGGGAGCUGGAUCCAUUGGCCGUGUGUACGGGCUCGGGCACCCAGGGGGCUGCCUACCGGUUCCCUUCUCAUGAAGCCUUUCCUUCCUCCCCUGGGACCCCCAAAAACAAACGGCACAGGGCUCGGGCAGCCUUGGAAAUGCGCCAACACCACGCGAGGGAGGCUGGGCCUGCUGCCGCCGGCCCCGGGCGCUGGCGGGCACGGCCGGUCCUGGCAGCCCCUGCUUCACAGGGUAUCAGCGAGCCCUGCACCGAGCACGUGGAAUGCCAGAGCCAAUGUUGUGUGGCCAACAGCCUGAGCCCCCAGAAGUUCUGCACCCAGCAGACCAUCUUCCUGCACUGUCUGCCCUGGAAAAAGCCCCUCGGCUACGAGUGCUCCGAGAACAGGGAGUGCCAGAGCUCGUGCUGCGCGCUUGGCAAGGACAUGCUGCAGAUGGUCUGCACCCCGCAGACCAUCUUCCUGCAAUGCGUGCCUUGGCGCAAGCCGGACAUGGACUUCUGCAGCCACAACGACCAGUGCAGGAGUAGGUGCUGCCUCAAGCUGAUCGAGGACGGCCACUACCGCUGUGUCCCGCGGAGCGGACUCAUCGCCCAGUGCCUGCCUUUGACAUCUUACUGCGUGGCCGAUCCCAGAGGUGCCAUUAGCCAGGGUGACCACGCCUCCAAAGUGCUUCGCUGGCGGCAGAGUGUAGUUCACGCUGGGGAAGAUGGGGGCCAGAUCGCCCUCCCUGUAAGGUCCACGAACACUGCCGGCGAGGACGAGGGUCCCCAGCGGCCAGUCCUUUGCCGCUGGCGGCCCGGCGCCCCCCGCUGA